AUGGCGUUUGCAAACAUUACUCAGCUGUUGGAGAGCGUUCCAGAUUAUAAGGAAACGUGGAUUGAAUGUCUCGGCGACCUGGCACGCUACCGGAUGGCCAUAGAAGAGGUGGAUAUGUACAACCGAAGACGCUACACUAGUAUUGCUAGGUACUGGUAUGCCAAAGCCGCCAAUCUCAAUCCGGAUGUUGGUAGGAUUCAGCAUCAUUUGGCCGUCCUUGCUCGGCCAGAUCUGUUGAAGCAGCUGUUCUACUAUUCCAAGGCUUUGAUCGGCGUUCAGCCUUUUACCAAAGCACGGGACAGCAUCUUGCUCCUUUUCAGACCUCUCCUAGACCCUGCAAAAGCUGCAAUAAAGUACCCUGAAUACUAUUCCCGAACCCUGACUGUUUUUGUUGAAGCUCAUGGUGUUUUAUUCACAAGAAAGGACGCUCCUACGUUUCUGAGAUUGGCUGAGGAAUUCUUAUCAGAACUCGAUAAACACGCUGGGCUCGUGGCUGCCAUCUUUGAUUAUGGACAUGAUGGUGCAGAGAUUCCUUCCAUGUUCGAUCAAGCUAGUGGUAGAGUUGAGAGUAGGGUUAGAGAUAGAGAUGAGGGAGGGAGCAUUCAGACAAGAACAUUGGAGAUAAUGGAGCAAGCAUAUGAAUCCUGGCAGAACCCUUCUUGUGUCCAGGUUGGAAUCGAGCAUCGAACUGCUGGAAUAAGUUCCAGUAAACAGGUAGUCUCCAUGGCGUCUCAUUUGUCAUUCGCCACUCUCGAUGUUAUACUCGGUGGUUUGAAAGACAUAGAAAAUACAUUGCCAAGCGUGCACGUCUCUCUGGCUUUUCUGUGGUGUAUGGCAAUGGUACUGGAAGCCAUGUCCCGUAUUCAAGCGGACGUGCCCUGGAAACGGCUUGCGACGUAUCUAAAUAAACUUAUCAAGACGGAUACUGAUAUGGUUGGAAUUGAGAAUGGGGAGUUCCCGGCACGGGAAUCAGGGUUACGGCAACUACCGGAGGAUUUCCUGAUCCAUGGUCUUUCCUGGAGUAGAAUAUAUUAUCCACCAGGCUUCUUCUCUGACAUGGCCGAAGGCGAUGAGCGGUCAAUUGAACCUCCAUCUGUGACGGUUGCGCGGACAAAACGAUGCCUAUGGUUGGCAAGUAAGAUAGCCAAGUUUAACUGUUGGCUGCUUUAUGACGUCGAAACCCACGGGUUCUAUGCAACUCAAUUUGCAGACGAACUCACUGCGCUGUCACAGAGGUAUCAAAUUAUUGGACGUACGGAUAGUAUCAUCACUUCAAGCAUUUAA